GUAUUUUAAACAUUGUUUAAUAAAAAGAAUAAAGUAUAAUUCUAUGUUUAAUACAAUGAAGGACGAUCCAGAUACAAAUGUACAUUUUGUGAGAACAAUUGAAUGUUAUCCUUGUCUAUAUAAUCGUCAGUGUAAAGAAUAUUCCAAUAAAACAAAACAAGACGAAACGUGGAAAGAGAUUGCAAAGAAUUUCGAUGCCACAGUAUUUGAAUGCAAAGAAAGAUGGAAGAACCUCAGAGCUUGCUAUUCAAGACAUUUAAAACUCAAAAAUAUAUCUGUAACAACAGGCAGUCAAAAAAAGCCAUAUUAUUUAGCCGAGCAUUUAGACUUUCUCAAACCUUUUACCAAAUCUCGUAACCAAAUUGGUAACCCAUAUAAACUGCUGCCGCGGCCAUUUAUUCUUAAAAAUGAUCCCCAUGAAAAAGAAGAUUUAGAAGAAAACUUCUCAGAAAAUGAUCAAGAUCAAGAUAAUAAUGAAUCGACAAUGAUGACAGAUGAAGUUAAUGAAACAAAAGAUUCUUUCGAUACAAAUGUUAACCAAUCUAACCAACAACGACUAUUGACUUCUUACACUUCAAAUCCUAGUGUUCAAAAUAAAAGACGUUGGACUGAAUUUCCAGACGAAGAUAGAAGUUUCAAUAAAAAGCAAACAAUCGAACCAGAAGAGGAUUUCGAUUUGUGUUUUUUCAAAAGUAUACUUCCCGAUAUGAGACAGAUGAAUCUCGAUCAGAAAAGACGUUUUAAAGUGGGAAUUUUGAAUUUUGCAGUGGCAAUACUUAAUGAAAAAGUUACAACUUCAUCAGAUUGUCAGAGCAGUAGACAAAAAAAUCGAAAUGCAGAAGAGAGUCGACCAAACUCAAGAUUAUCAACUUUAUCAUCAAGUUCUUCGAUACAGUUUCAAUACAAAGUUAAAGAAGAGAAUAUAGAACAAGAAUAACUUUUUAAGUAACUUUUAUACAAAAUUUAAUGUAAAAAAAAAGUUGAAAUUUUGUAUUCAAUUCAUAGCUCUUGAUUACUUAGGUAAAGUUAAAAAACAAUCACGUAAUCCGUUCGUAAUGGAUAAUUUCAUACAAAUCUUCACUACUCUGCGAUCGGAUUUUGUGAUUGCUUCUUUCGGGAAAAAACUAUCGUGGAAUGAACAUACUGAUUACCUUUGCAAAAAAGUAUCAAACAAAUUAGGAGUGCUAAGAAAAAUAAAAACUACCUUAUCAAUGAAUGAUAGAGAUGAUCUUGUAGUGCGAAGAAUGAGAACAACAAUAGGUCAGCAAUCAACUUUUUAUUCUGGUUUUCAAUCAUACAACCAACUUCCACAACACAUAAAAAAUGCAACCAACUUCAACAUUUCAACAUGUUUAAAAAAUUGAUUUCAAUUUUCAACUCAUGCUAAGGACUUUAUUAUUUGAACCAAAUAACUUAAAACUACCAAUUUCUUAACUUUUUAAAUAAUUGUAAUUUGAAUCUUACUUUUUUUUGGGAAUAAUGUAAAAAAAUAUUGUUGUAAAAUAUU